UCGAGCGACCGGCCGGCAGCGCAUUCGCGACUCAAACAUGGCAGCGGCUACCAGCGUUGUCGUGCUCGACAGGGGCAACAACACCACCUGCACCAUCAAUUUACACGGAGCCACCGUGGUGUCCUGGCGGGUGAAUAACCAGGAACAGCUGUUCGUUAGUAAGCAAGCUGUGUUCGACGGAAAGAAAGCGAUCAGGGGCGGCAUACCGUUCGUCUUCCCACAAUUCGGAUCGUGGACGUUCGGGCCACCCCACGGCUUCGCCAGGAUCAUGCGUUGGAACGUGGAGAAGUCGCCGGAGCGAUUGCCCAGCGGGGACAUCGAGGCAAUAUUCUCGAUAAUGGACAACGACUUCACGCGAUCGCUGUGGAACUCGCAGUUCAGGCUAACGUACAGGCUAAUACUGCGUGAAAAGGAGUUGCAUUUCAAUAUCGGCGUGUACAAUCCUAGCAGAGAAGACACUUUCAGCUUUAAUCUGCUCUUACAUACUUAUUUUAAGGUACCCGAUGUCAGGAGAUGCCAAAUCACGGGACUGCACGGAUGCACGUUCCUCGACAAGACUAGGGAGAACCAAAUCUUCCAAGAAGGCCGCGAUGUCGUCACGGUGUGCGAAUGGACCGACCGGGUCUACCAGAACACGCAGCCGGAGCAUAUCAUCACGAAUGUCGUUUCCGGUAGGAAGAUGCGCGUGCAAAAGUACAACUUUCCCGACACGGUCGUCUGGAAUCCCUGGCAGGAAAAGGCGCGCGACAUUCCGGACUUCGGCGACGAUGAAUUUCCCAACAUGAUAUGCGUCGAGAGCGGCCACGUCAGUAGUCCGGUUAUAUUGUUGCCAGGAACGGCCUUUGAGGCGAGCCAGAUAUUACAGGUGAUGUGAGUAGAGAGUGGACCGACGUCGCACGUCAAUGCCGGAGGCGGUACCAAUUCGCUGCUUCCGACAUCCUCAGCAUCGUCGUCCGCGGUCUGGCCAACGGGCACAGGGUGGCUUUACAUGCCGCCCCCACCGCCACCCCCGCCGCCUCCGCCGCCACCUCCACCACCGCCGCCGUCGCAUCCGUCGCACUCGUCGCAUUUGCAUUCGCAUUGCGUUGCCCAAACCUGCACGAUAUGUUCUUUGAAUCUUUAGGAAUCUUUAGACCCGAAGUGAAGUCUGCAAACUAUGCGAGAACCCCAGAUCUCUUCGUUUCUCGCUCCUUCGAUUAGUCUUUUCCUCGAAAGACUCGAGAUCCACAACAUCUCACGGUGGAGAAUGUAUUUUUUUCUUUUUUUUUGUCGUCGAGUCUAUCGAGGUAACCCGCGUGAUAAAGGCAAGUAACUACUAGUUAAUUUUAUUGAAGAAUCUGUCUUCCUUCAUUCCACUUAUUUUUAUCUUUGUGCUUCGUCCGUGUUUUAUGAUAGGAAUCACGAGAAACUAAAUCCAAAACGACUAAUCGAAUACGCGAAUGUGAAAGAUCAAAAUCGAUCUAUGUAUCUCUCUUUGUUUUCCGCCGUCCAAAUAAUAGAAUUUAUAAAUGAGUCAAUUACAUUAUCUGAAGACGAGAUCGCAUUAUUUCAUUUGCAAUAAUUAUUUUUCCUUUAUCAAAGACAUUGAAAAAUUGCAGAGAGGUACUCGCAUAAAUAUUACACGGAAUAGGACCCUUUUGUUAGUUUAAAAAAAAAACAUCCUAAAAAACGAGCGAAUUAAAGUUCACUCGAUCCGUCACAAAUAUGCAUACAUUCCAUAUAUAAAUGGAAAGCGAAAGAAAUAUAUGUCCCGUUUCGUACUCUUGACUCAUCCCGUUUAGGUAUUAGCACGCAAUAUAUUGUUAUAGGUGUAGAUUGAUAUUAGGCAUGUAAGUGAUUUGUUAAAUUUACAUACGACAAAACUUUCCCUACAGAGUUUCCAAGUAUGAUGUAAUUAAUCGUUCGUUUUAAUAAACGACGAUUCGAUCUAGUUUGCUUGCUGCAAAAUGUAUAUUUGAAAUUAGUAAAUAGCAGAAAAUGCACUUGAGACAUAUUUUGCGUUAUAUGAGCUAUAACAAAAAUGUUCUCGAAAAACUUUAUAUAUACAUAUAAAGUUUAAAAAUGUUUAAAGGCACUAUACACUUAAUUAUUUUCUCGAACGCAAAGAGUCUGGCUUAAAUGUAUUUUUAUUUGUUUAAAUUAAUUACGUGUACAAACCAUGUACAAAAAGACUUUUAACGUUUUUUUUUUAAUGCAACUUUUAUAAUCUUGUGCUAAUUGGCUUACGCAAAUUUUAAUACAUUUUCAGAAUUUUCAUAUAUGUAUGUAAUUAAGGAGAUUUUUGAACACUUUCCCUAUUGCGUAUUAAGCGGAAAAUAAUUCUGAAGUACAAAAAAUUUUCUAUAAUUUAAUUAAAUAACACAAGUCUGCAUGAUUUUUAUGUCUGGGAAAGAAAAGUAGUUUCUUAUAGUUUUUUUGUAAAACGCUAAAUCCGAAUCCGCAAGCAAAACUGUCAGAUUCACGAGAAAAAUAAUAGAGUUAAAUAGAGUUAAUUCGUAGCUGACGAACCAGAUGUACGAAAGACUUUUUAAAAGUCUUUUGCACAUCUAAUUCUUCAGCUAUGAAUCUUCAAAAAAGGUCAAAAACGCGUUUUUAGGGGGUCUUUAAUUUAUUUUUCUCGUAAACCUAACAUGAUUGAACACUUUUGCUUACGGAUUUGGAUUCAGCGCAUAAAAAACUGUAGAAAACUAUUCGCUUUUUCCAACACCAUAGAAAAAGUCAAAUUUUGCAGACUUGUGUAAUUAAUUAUGUGAAAAUAAUCAGAUUAGAUUUAUUAAAUUUAUUUAAAAAGAAAGAGAUUUUUUGCAAUUUUAUAAUAUUUUAGCAUAAGAGAGAAUCGAUUUUAUGUAAUUCUUUCAAACAUUACGGAUAAACAGCAUGCUACGUGUGCGUGAGUUUGUUCAAUAUCUCUAUAAUAUAUAAUUUACCUAUGAACAAUACGAAUAUGGUGCUAUUGUUACAAAAUAGUGUUGUAAUGAUAAGUCGCGCAACACACACGCACGCACGCACGCGCGCACGCGCACACACACACACACACACACACACACACACACGUACACGCAUAUAUACACGCAUUCGUACAUACAUACACGCGCACACAUACAGACAUAAACUAGAUAAGCUCAAUCAGGCAUUUUUCCGUAAUGUAAUUUUACACAAUCUUUCUUCAGAAUUUUCGAAACUACUGUCCCGAAAAUAUUGCAUAUUACAUUUGUUCAUAUGCAAAAAGAAACGUUGCAUCAUCGAAAUAGACAUAUAAGACAACAUUUACUGUAAUAUUAUUACAUAUAUUAGCAUAAAAAUUGCAUGUGCAUACGGAGAACUUUGUAAAAACAUUGACCAUUUAACACGUUUAACAGAAAGAUGAAGGAAAUAGAAGCAAAAUUUUGCCGCCCAUUUUUAGAUAAUUGUAUUAUUAUUAAGGUAUCACGAGAACUAGAGACACUAUUCUAAGGCUCAGCCGAAACUCAAUUUAAGUAAUGGCGAGUUAAGUUAAUUAAACUUUAUACCGAAGAUAAUUGAAUUUGUAAUAAAAGCAUCGAGCAUUUUUUCAACUCAAUUGUGAAUUUGACAGAGAUAAAUUAAAAUACACAGGACCAUAUAUUUUAAUAUAAAUUUUUUACUUACAAGAAAGGACAACGUAUUAUUAUCUUAUUAAGUAUAUUUAAUAAAAAUACGCGAAAUAAAUUGACUACAUUGUAAAGUUAAUUGUGUGAGUGAAAAGAAAUCGGCAAAAGAUCACGCAUGUCUCUAUUUUAUAUAAAUAUAUAAUCUAUGCCAACGCGCGCGUGCGUAUUAGUUUUAUUCAAUAGCCGAAAUACAUUCGGAAUCGACAAUUUUUUUACGUUAUAUGGAUUUCCAAUGUCAUGUACGUAAUAUUAAAGUAUUACAUGUAAAUUCUUCAAAUCAACUAUCCCAUAUUAGUAGUGUACUAUUAUAAUUAAGUAAAUGCUCAAUAUAGCGCGCUGUUCCUUGCAUAUUGUAAACUUGCAGUCAAACGAAGGAAAAAAAAGGAAAGACGAGUGGAACGUUCCUGCUUAUAGAUGUUUUAUAGUACGCGAAAAAAAGUACAGCCUAGGAAAUCCGAAACAAUAGCCACUCGAAUAAAAGAGUUGACGUUCGGCAGUUUUUGCAGAUCGCAGAGAAUGCUAGUUUCACGAGGGUUUUGGUCUUUAGAGGCUCGACAAUACGUUUGUCAUUUAGUAUAGUGUACAUUCUUUUCUUUUCUUUCCCCCCACGUUUAUUAGCACGUAAGGUUCGGUCUUCCACCGUUGUGACAUUUAUCGACGUACACCGUACACCAUUUCUCAUUCGAUUCAAUGUUAAUAUCCACGAAUAUUUGUGAUUAAAGCGAACGUAUGAAAUCGCGAUUAAAAUUAGUACGUUAAGAAAGUGUACUCUUUUUGGGAAAGUGCAAUAAAAAUGUGGGAAAUACGUGUA